UUCAAGAGCGUACGAUAAAAUGGUUGACAUACUGUCUUGUCUCUCGAUUCUAACGAGACAGUGACUAUAAACAUCUAUUUGUUACGAAGUCUACAACGCCUACUACAAUUUGCUGCUGCCAAUUUUUCUGUGACAUCUAUGACAUUUGCCAAAUUAGUUUCUGGUUUUUGUACUCUCUACAUGACUGGCAUUAACCAAAUUAAUAUUUUUUAUGACAAUCUAAAGGAAAAAUAUUGGGUAUCUGUCAUCCUUUGAGUCAUUUAAUGAAUACUAUUUUUCUUUGUGAAUAUUAUGUACCUAAUGGAUCUUAUUUGCAUGUCCAACAUAAAUCCACUAGAUAAAAUCUAUGAAUAAUAAAUAGCAAAAAUGUAAUAAUCAGGAGGAGCAAAAAAGCAGACUAAUAAUUAUGUUACCUGACAGGUGACGAUAAUUGACUAAUUUAGUCUAUAAACAGUUAACGAACAGUCGCUAAGCAUACAUCCCGAGCUAACACAAGUGUAAGCUAAUCAUAUUUAUGGAAACAUAUAAAAUGUUUACAUAAUUUUAGUUAUUACUAAUUUUGACAAUGUUUAAUAAAUUAAUACUUUUCUACAAAAUAGGAUUUAAAUAGUUACAAAUAAUUGUCUAUGGUUUAUGUUUUUUUUUAUAAAGUAUAAUUUUAAAAUGAUUGUUGUGUUGGUAGCACUGUGGCGUGGCGCCAAAUUUGAAGCGUUGCAAAAACUAAUUAUUUUAUAUAAUUUUAUUAUAACGUUAAUAUAGUAAAGCGAGUUCAAUCCAAAACCUGUGUUUAGUUUUCAAUUCAGAAGUGGGAUGACAUAUUCACGUGCUGGACAGAAUUCACCGCUCCGAAAUUGUAAGUUGUUGAGACAUUGUAAUCGCCAUUAUUUAGAAGUUUUAUUGUGCAUGAUUAUAAUGAUAUAAAACUGCCUGUGAUGUGUGAAUCGUACGUGAGAUUCAAAUAAGUAAAGCUAUAAUACAAGAACAGAUAGUACAGUGAGUUCGCGAAGAACAAAUAUUUAUUCUUCACGUAGUGGAGUAUCGUGACUAUCGGCGGCCCGAUACGGAAGACAAUUUUGCCGCCCUAUUACUAAAAUAAUUACGUCAAACUGGAAAAUACCAAAAUAAUAGUGAUUAUAACGUGUUAUUUAAUUAUAAUCUGGGUUGGUUUUUCACUAACCAUCUACAUAUUACUGAUUUCCUCGAGAAGUGUUAUUAAAAUAAAACUUAUCUUGUGCAACGUUAAUUACGACGAAGGAGAAUCGUCGCUGUCGUCUGAAGAAUAUUUUUCGUGAAAGUAGUUAUUGGAUAUAUUACCUAUUUAACCUUAGCAUUUUGUUUUCUGUGUGUGGAUACAUUAUAGUUUUGUUAAUUUCAUGUUAUGAUCCCGUACGCUCUGUCCGUACGUAUAAUUAUUUAUAUACUUAUAUAAAAAAAAAUGUUCACCAAGUUGUAACAUUGUUCCGUAUUAAGUAUAUCUAAUUUGUUGUUUUGGUUGACUUUGCUAACUUUUUGUUAUUAUUUUGUUAAGUGACUUUACUAACGAAUUUUACAAAAGUCAAGUCGAUUCACUAAAAAUGUAAUAGUUUCGUUUUAUGAUAAACUCUAUGUGUGACUCCUUUAUAAGUUAUUUAAUGAGAAUUAUUUUUCUGUUAUUAGAUACCUAAGUAGUAUAUAGUUAAUAUUUUAUUUGUGGUUGUUUGAAAUUGCUAACCAUGGGAUCUAAUAGGCGGAGUAGGUCUCGUAAAAGGCGUACGUCAAAACGUCAACAUCGUCGCCGAUAUUCUAGUAGUGUUGCUAGUUCUUCUAAUUCGUCAAUGUCUAGCAAUAUAAGACAUGACAAGCGGCGUAAAAGUUCCAAAACUCAAUAUAAAAAGGACAAAACUCAUCAACGUCGUUCAAAGAAUAAAUUUGAUUCCCCAAAAAUAAAUAAUAUAUUCGGGACGACAACUCCCCCGGUAGUCGAACGAAUUUAUAAUAAUAAUGAUACGAGUACAACUCCGGUGGCGGGCGUAAAUUUUCCAAUAAAUAAUAUGUUUUCAACACACAUUAAUGUUAUACCUGAAUUCGAUCCAAGUGACGGGUCUCAAAAUGUUGAAUCAUGGAUUCAUAAAGUCAAUGAAUGUGCGCAAAUAUAUUCUUGGAACGAUACCCAGAUACGUCACUAUGCUUUAGCUAAGCUCACAGGUUUAGCUAAAAGAUGGUAUCAGGGUCUACCUUCGUUAUUGUUUACGUGGGAACAGUGGACCGAAAAAUUGAAAAUAGCCUUUCCGUCAACGGAAAAUUACGGAGAUAUGCUGCAAAAAAUGUUACAGUAUCGUUGUCGAAUAGGUCAGCCUUUGGACGUAUACUAUUAUGAAAAAAUGAUAUUAAUUAACAGGUGCGAAAUAUUAGGUCGAAAGGCUGUAGGAUGCUUAGUACAUGGCAUUGAUGAUAAAUUUGUUAGGAUGAGUGCAAACGCUUGCCGUUUUGAAGAACCCGAGCAACUGUUUUCAUAUUUAAAAACAUUGGCUCAAAGCGAUAAUAAUAAUAUGUCAAAUAGGCGCAAAAUAAAUAAUAAAGAGUUCGGAUCUCAACAAGAAUUACCAAAUAGUGGUACGAAUUCUUCACGACCAAGCGUUGUUUGUUUUAAUUGUGGCGAAACAGGUCACAUUAGGACAAAAUGUAAUAAACCCAUGAAACGAUGUAACACCUGUCGUAGGGUAGGUCAUUUAAGUAAAGACUGCCGUGUUAAACCAAAUAUGACAGAUAACAAUGGAGAUACAAAUUUAUUACAAAUUACAGCUCCACCUAGUGAUAAGAACGUUAUGCGUAUUCAGUCAAAUAAUUCAGAAAGUGAUAAAUUUCAUAAAGAGAUUAAUAUUAAUGGAAACGUGUUACACGGGUUUAUUGAUUUAGGCAGUACUUGUACAUUAUUGAAAGAAAGUCUUGCGAAUAAAAUUUUUGGAGAUUACGAGAAAGAUAAAAAUGUUCCUAACCUACGAGGAUUCGGUAAUUCAAGUGUGAAACCUCUGGGAACGGUUAAGGGGUUAAUAACCGUCGAUGACAUAUCGGCACAGGUUGAUUUUAUUGUGGUGUCAGAUUUUUAUAUGCCAUAUGACGCCAUUAUUGGUCAAACAUUUACUGAGUUGCCAAAUGUAGUUUUGUAUAAAACCUCAAAUAACUUAAGGUUUUAUGAGGCACCUAACUUGACUGUUUCAGAUAUUUUUUCUGUCAAGGUUAAACUUAAUUCGAGCCAAGAUAUCACUAUUGAGCCUAAUACGACAUCACCAGUCGAAGUAGUUACUUUUGCUAAAUUCUCCGGGUCUCUAUACGUCCCAUCUGGUUUACGCUAUAGUGAUGACAAAAAGUUCUUGGUUUUGCCUGGAUUGUAUAAUUACCUUGAUGGUUCUGGCUAUAUAAUGAUAACAAAUUUGGCUAAUGGGAAUCUUUGUGUCAGAAAAGGUCAAACUAUAGCAAGAGGUUUUGAAUAUAAUGAAAUAACAGAUAAUUAUAUUGGAUAUACCACGACCACUAGUCAAAAUCCAAAGCCUUUAAACGAUAUAAAUGUAGGGACACAAUUAUCACAGUCUGAGAUGCAAAAUUUAACAGACCUUCUGAAUAAGUACCGGGACUGUUUUGCGGUUGAUUUAUCCGAACUUGGUAAAACAAAUUUGACUAAGAUGGUAAUUAGAUUAAAAGAUGAUAUUCCUGUAGUAUACAACCCGUAUCGUAUGUCACUAAAAGAGAAAGAGCAGCUUUCAGAAAUUAUUGAGGACCUACUUAAUAACGGCAUAAUUCGUGAGAGUUCAUCGCCUUAUGCAAGCCCUGUAUUGCUAGUUAAUAAAAAAAUGGGCAGAAACGUUUAUGCGUAGAUUACCGGGCACUUAAUAGAAAAACUUUAAAAGAUAAGUACCCCUUACCUCGCAUAGAGGACAAAUUGGACUGUCUAGGAGGAAAUAGUUUAUUUACUAGUUUAGAUCUUGCAUCAGGCUAUUAUCAAAUUCCUGUAGCCGAAGAGAGUAAGCAUUUGACAGCGUUUGUCACUCCAGAUGGUUUAUAUGAGUAUAAUCGUAUGCCUUUUGGAUUGGCAAACGCACCUAGUGUUUUUCAAAGAGCUAUUAAUUCCAUGCUGAAUGGGGUGGGUCAAAACUUAGUGUUAGCGUACAUGGACGAUUUGUUGGUUCCUUCUAAAACUGUUCAAGAGGGCAUUGAGAAGCUGGAAAAAGUUUUUAAUCUUUUGAGAAAUUCAAAACUAACUCUUAAUCCCAAAAAGUGUGUUUUCUUUCAAGAGA